CAUCCCGCCCCCUUCCCCCCACCCCCACGGCACUCACUUCUCACCGCGCCCCCCUUGCCAGGAGAGGACCGCGAGCCCAGCUGUGGUCGGGCGCUCAUGACGAGCGGAGGAAAGUGCGUGGGCGGAUGAGGAAGUUGAGCGCUCAGAUUGAUAAUGACCGCACACCCGUGCAAGUGACUACUUUUUCCCUCCUAUGAGUGGCGAACCGGCGGGAGGCAAAGCGAUACAUUCGGACGGUGAAAAUGACAAUCAACUUGGGGGUCAUCCUUUUCUUACUUCUGUUGAUCCACGCUGCUCGCUCGAAUCAGCUGCCGCACGGAGACGAAGAUGAGGAUCUCCACGAUUCCGCUGUCAAUCAAAUGCUGGUGCCCAGGUCGCACCAGGAGGACGCCACGCUGAUUCUAAACAAUCUCCUCAAGGACUAUGACAGGACUCUUCGGCCAGACAUCGGCGUCAAGCCAACUGUCGUUGAUGUGGGAAUAUAUGUCAACAGCAUUGGGCCUGUAUCAUCCAUCGAUAUGGAGUACCAGAUUGAUAUCAUCUUCGCUCAAACUUGGGUGGACACACGCCUACGCUAUAACAGCAGCAGCAUGCGGAUUCUCACUCUCAACAGCAACAUGGUAGGCUUGAUCUGGCUUCCCGACACCAUCUUCAGGAAUUCCAAGACGGCCGACUCUCACUGGAUAACGACACCCAAUCAGCUGCUUCGAAUCCGUAACAACGGGAAAAUUCUUUACACGCUGAGGAUGACCAUCAACGCUGAAUGUCAGUUGCAGCUCCAUAAUUUCCCAAUGGACGAGCACUCGUGUCCUCUCGUCUUUUCCAGUUAUGGCUACCCACGAGAUGAAAUUGUUUACAAGUGGAAGCGAAACUCCGUGGAAACGUCAGACCAGAAAUACUGGAGACUCUACCAGUUUGACUUCAUGGGACUCCGAAACACUACCGAUGUAUUGGCCACCACCGCAGGGGACUACGUGUUGAUGACCGUGUACUUUGACCUCAGCAGAAGGAUGGGAUACUUCACCAUUCAGACUUAUAUUCCCUGUAUUUUGACUGUGGUGCUGUCCUGGGUCUCCUUCUGGAUUAAGAGCGACGCGACCCCGGCGAGGACGGCCUUAGGCAUUACCACUGUGUUGACCAUGACCACAUUGAGCACAGUGGCCCGGAAUUCCCUCCCUCGGGUCUCCUAUGUGACGGCGAUGGACCUGUUUGUUACCGUCUGCUUCCUCUUCGUCUUCGCCGCCAUGAUUGAGUACGCCAUGCUCAACUACUGCUCCUAUAGUAUACGCAGACCUCCGGCGAAGAUGCAAAAACUGACGUAUUCAUCUUUCGGCACGGGGAGGCCACCCCAUCAGCGCGUGAUGCCCACAGGCAACGCUCUCUUCUGGCAGGACUAUAACGAAGACUGUCUGGACCAGUGCCUGGAUGGGAAAGAUUGCAAGAGUUUCUUCUGCUGUUACGAGGAAUGUAAAGAAGGCGGCUGGAGGAAAGGACGCGUCCACGUCAACAUCCGCGAGCUGGAUUCCUACUCUCGGGUCUUUUUCCCCACAUCUUUCUUGCUCUUCAACAUUGUUUACUGGGUCAGCUACCUCUACCUUUAGUCUCGGAGUGUUUGGAUUUGUCCGUCAUCCCAAAUGGACCAGGAGACCACGCGGUUUUUUGACCCACGAGGUGGCAAAGCACCCAUAGUGCCUUCUUUAGAAAGGGUGCAGGAGACCAACGCCGUACGCAGUGUUCUCUUUAUUAGCUUAUCCCACACGCCGCCGCAUGAACUUUUACUCCUUGAUGGUUGUCACUACAGGAAAUGGUAGGACGCUCACCAAACAUUUUUGUAGUCUUUUCGUAGUAAGUUGUAACUCCCCAAAACUGUUUUUUAAUGUCUAAAUAAAGUUUUUUAAUCAUUAGAUGUCAUUGACGGCGAUAGCUGUCAAAUCCUUUUCGACUGUCGACAGUCAAACUAGUUCCAACAAAUUGGCGGAACAAAUGUGAACCCCACGAGUGGACAGGCCAACAGAGGGGGUGCGAGUGGACAAUUAUUUAUGGGCCCCGAUAAGGACAUCGACAGAAAUAACAAAUUUAAGCAAUCAGGUACAUACCACAAACUAUCUGGUAAACAUUAGCAUUAUAUAGCAUUUAAGCUAGCAGACUUUUACUAUGCAAAUUAGUUGUAUUGAGUUCAUUUUGUCUACACUCAUAGAUUAGUUGAAUUUUACUUUUCUCACAGACAAUUGUUUUAGGUUAUUUAAUUACCUGACAUGUUUUGUGGCGACUCCUUCCGCCUUCAUUAGAGAGUCACUCGUGUUGGUGUGACGCGUCUUUAUCAGCUGAUGGAUGAAGGCACUCUUCCAGGAUGCUUGUCCAGGUAGUAGAAAGCUUGUAAGCCCCCUCGUACCUUUUGAUGGUCCUCGGGCCCUGCUUGCUAAUCUCAAACAAACCAGGGCAAUAAAUGAAAAAGCACAACAAGAACAUCACAAGUCAGCCAUCACCGAUCACUGCAAAAGGGAAAACCAAGGCCAAACAAAAGGCCAGAGACAUCCGCAGCAAAGAAAACAAACGGCACUGGAUCAGGGAGGCCAUUGAGAUCCGCAGGCGGGGCCCAAGGACCAUCAACAGGGACGAAGGGGCUUACAUGCUCUCUACUACCUGCACCAGCAUCCUGGAAGAAUGAAUGGUCAGAAGAGGGUGUGACUCCAUGUAGACUGGGUACAUUUACAACAAAUGACUAACUUGCAUAGCUAGAGUCCGCUACCGUAAAUGCUUUAUAAUGCUAAUGUUUACAACAAUUGGCUAACUUGCAGAGCAAAAGUCCGCUAUGUUAAAUGCUAUAUAAUGCUAGUGUUUAUGUCUGCCGUGCUGUACGCGUCGUGCGGUGCGGGUAAGAGUCCUGAUCUGGACGAGGGGAACAGAUCAUGUCGUGCAGUGUGGCUCCAUGCAGACCGGUUACAUUGGUGCCGUGACCCGGAUCGGCAGUGAAGGUUUCGCGGAGUUGAGUGUAACUGGUGCACGCGUGUCCGUUGUGAGCGCUGCAUAGAAAUCUCCCUAACCCUAACCCUGACCUGGACAAGGGGGACGGAUGGUGGAGCACGGCACAGCUCCAUGCAGACUGGUUAUAUUUACAACAAUUGGCUAACUUGCAUAGCAAAAGUGUGCUAGCUUAAAUGCUAUAUAAUGCUACUGUUUCCAACAAUUGUCUAACUUUCUCAGCAAAGGUCCGGUACCCUAAAUGAUAUAUAAUGCUAAUGUUUACAACAAUUGGCUAACUUGCAUAGCAAAAGUCUGCUAGUUAAAAUGCCAUAUAAUCCUAAUGUUUAUGUCUGCCGUGCUGGACGCGGUGCGGGUGCGAGUCCUGACCUCGACAAGGGGGACAGAUCGCGUUGCCUGGCCUGGCUCCAUGCUAGGGUUGCCACCUGUCCCUUAAAAUAAGGAACAAUCCGAAAUUGGGAAUUAAAUGUUGCCUUCCGUAUUGAACUAAUACGGAAUAUAAAUGAAUAGAUACAUUUCUAUGCAUUUUAGGAGUUUUUGGGAUGUCCCUUUCUUUCCCUGCCUGUACAGCUUUGGGCACGAGGGGGGCGUCCCGUAUUUCUUAUUUCUGAAAGGUGGCAAACCUACUCCAUGCAGACCUGUUACAUUGAUGCCGUGACCCGGAUCGGCAGUGAAGAUUCCGGGGGUAAGAGUGUAACGGGUGCACCCGUGUCCGUUGUGAGUGUAUAGAAACCUCCCUCCCAAUACCUUCAAGAGGGUGCGCUGGCAGAUAAAGCUGCUAGCCUCUUCUUUUAGCUUAGUGCGAGUCCUGACCUGGACCGAUUGCAGACUGGGUACAUUUACAACAAUUGGCUAACUUGCAUAGCAAAAGUCUGCUAGCUUAAAUGCUAUAUAAUGCUGAUGUUUACAACAAUUGGCUAACUUUCAUAGCAAAAGUCUGCUAGCGUAAAUGCUAUAUAAUGCUAAUGUUUACAACAAUUGGCUAACUUGCAUAGCUAGAGUCCGCUAGCGUAAAUGCUUUAUAAUGGUAAUGUUUACAACAAUUGGCUAACUUGCAUAGCAAAAGUCUGCUAGCUUAAAUGCUAUAUAAUGCUGAUGUUUACAACAAUUGGCUAACUUUCAUAGCAAAAGUCUGCUAGCGUAAAUGCUAUAUAAUGCUAAUGUUUACAACAAUUGGCUAACUUGCAUAGCUAGAGUCCGCUAGCGUAAAUGCUUUAUAAUGGUAAUGUUUACAACAAUUGGCUAACUUGCAGAGCAAAAGUCUGCUAGCGUAAAUGCUACAUAAUGCUAAUAUUUACAACAAUUGGCUAACCUUCAUCGCAAAAGUCUGCUAGCGUAAAUGCUAUAUAAUGCUAAUGUUUACAACAGUUGGCUAUCUUGCAUAGCUACAGUCCGCUAGCGUAAAUACUUUAUAAUGCUAAUGUUUACAACAAUUGGUUAACUUGCAAAGUCUGCUAGCGUAAAUGCUAUAUAAUGCUAAUGUUUACAACAAAUGACUAACUUGCAUAGCUAGAGUCCGCUACCGUAAAUGCUUUAUAAUGCUAAUGUUUACAACAAUUGGCUAACUUGCAGAGCAAAAGUCCGCUAUGUUAAAUGCUAUAUAAUGCUAGUAUUUAUGCCUGCCAUGCUGGACGUGUCGUGCGGUGCGGGUGCGAGUCCUGACCUGGACGAGGGGGACUGUUCGCGUCGGGUGGCUCCAUGCAGACUGGUUACAUUUACAAUAUUUGGUUAACUUGCAUAGCAAAAGUCUGUGAGCGUAAAUGCUAUAUAAUGCUAAUGUUUACAACAAUUGGCUAACUUGCAUAGCUAGAGUCCGCUAGCGUAAAUGCUUUAUAAUGGUAAUGUUUACAACAAUUGGCUAAUUUGCAUAGCAAAAGUCCACUAUCUUAAAUGUUAUAUAAUGCUAAUGUUUAUGUCUGCCGUGUUGGACGCGUCGUGCAGUGCGGAUGAGAGUCCUGACCUGGACGACGAGGAUGGAUCGCGGUGCGGCUCUAAUGCAGACCGGUUACAUUGGUGCCGUGACCCGGAUCAGCAGUGAAGAUUUCGGGGGGGGUGAGCGUAACAGGUGCACGCCUGUCCUUUGUGAGCCGUGCAUAGAAACCUCCCUCUCAAUGCCUUCAAGAGGGUGCGCUGGCAGCUAAAGCUGCUAGCCUGGCUUUUGGCUUAGUGGUCAGCGUGCUCGCCUGCCGUGCUGGACGCGUCGUGCAGCACAGGUGCGAGUCCUGAUCUGGGCGAGGGGCACAGAGACUGCUAGCUUUUGCUGUAUCAUGCUAAUGUUUCCAACAUUUGGCUAACUUGCAAAGCAAAAGUCUGCUUGCUUAAAUGCUAUAUAAUGCUAAUGUUUUACCAGAUAGUUUCAGGUGCACACCAGAUUGCUUAAAAUUGUUUUAUUUCUAUCGAUGUCCCUUCAGGAGCUCCGUAUAUUCCAGCUCUGCACAGUAUAUUACCUUUCUGUUUGACCCGCCGCUCCCCAACCACGCCCACAAAGGUGCAGUCGCACCCUCAGCACAGUUCCGCCCCUGAUCGGAUGUCUAUCGCCGUCAAUGACAGCCAGUGGGUUCAUCAUUACAAAAUGAUACACUGUAAAAAAUAUAUAUAUUUCGGGGUAAAAGGUGAGAUUUUGAGUCAAUGAGUUUUGAUGGAAAACUAAAACAGUUGUUGUUAAUAUGUCAAUAUUUUAAGUCAGCUAGACUUUAUUUAGGUCGUUUGAACACCAUAUUUUAAUCAGACAUAUUUGAUACAUGAAUUUUGAGCAAUGUGAUAUUUUUUUCCCCUGAAAAAAAACGGAUGUAUCAUCUAAAUAUGAUGAAAUUGAUGAAAAAUUAUUUUGGAUUUUUUUUUUUUUUUAAUUUUGUUGUUGUUGUUCCAAGGGACCAUUAAAUCAGUUUAAAAAAAAACAACUAAUUCUCCAUGCCUAAGUAGGCUUUUUUUUUUUUUUGUCGGUUUGUUUUUAUUUAGGAAUGGAUUUGACCUCUAUUGCCGUCAAUGGCAGGCUUGGGUUCAAAUAUAGGUGGAGUU